CGGUGGAAAGAAACCCCGCCGGGGGGCCGGGAGGAGGCCGGAGGCGGGGUGAGUGGAGGCGAGCCCCCAGCAGCGUGGCCUUUUGGGGGAGCGCGGGGGGGGUGUUGGCGGAGGAGGGCCGGGGCUGGCCGCCGAGGACCCGGCCGUAGAUGACUGCAGAAGCGCAGCAGGCUCUGUCCUCUCAGCCCCCUCCUCCUCCGGUGCAGAGCAGCUACGGCCCCAUGUCCUCCGUGGCCGAGAAGCAGCCGCAGAGCUCGGCCAUGGACACCGCUUCCGCGGCGCCCGGAGGGGCGACCGGCAGCGCCCCGGGUAGCGGUGGAGCCCCGGGCAGCGGCGGUCCCAAAGCGAAGAAGACCAACGCGGGGAUCCGGCGGCCGGAGAAGCCUCCUUACUCCUACAUCGCUCUCAUCGUCAUGGCCAUCCAAAGCUCACCCUCGAAACGCCUGACCCUCAGCGAGAUCUACCAGUUCUUGCAGAGCCGCUUCCCUUUCUUCCGCGGCUCCUACCAGGGCUGGAAAAACUCGGUGCGCCACAACCUCUCUCUCAACGAGUGCUUCAUCAAGUUGCCCAAGGGACUGGGACGCCCGGGCAAGGGCCAUUACUGGACCAUCGACCCGGCCAGCGAGUUCAUGUUCGAGGAGGGCUCGUUUCGCCGCCGACCCCGCGGGUUCAGGAGGAAAUGCCAAGCGCUGAAGCCCAUGUAUAGCAUGAUGAACGGGCUCAGCUUCAACCACCUCCCCGAGAGCUACGGCUUCCAGGGCUCGGCCGGCGGGCUCUCCUGCCCCCCCAACAGCCUCUCCCUUGAAGGGGGUCUGGGGAUGAUGAACGGGCACUUGUCCAGCAACGUGGAGGGGAUGGGCCUCGCGGGACACUCCGUGCCCCACCUGCCCGCCAACGGUGGGCACUCCUACAUGGGCGGCUGCACCGGCUCCUCGGCUGGGGAAUACCCGCACCACGAGAGCUCCGUGCCCGCCUCCCCGCUGCUCGCCGGCGGCGGCGUGAUGGAGCCUCACUCGGUUUACUCCAGCUCGGCCUCAGCGUGGGCACCCUCCGCCUCGGCGGCCUUGAACACCGGCGCGUCUUACAUCAAGCAGCAGCCCCUGUCGCCCUGCAACCCCACGGCCAACCCGCUGUCCUCCAGCCUUUCCACGCACUCCCUUGACCAGUCCUACCUGCACCAGAACAGCCACAACACCGCCGAGCUCCAAGGCAUCCCGCGGUAUCACUCCCAGUCUCCGAGCAUGUGCGACAGAAAGGAAUUCGUCUUCUCUUUCAACGCCAUGGCCUCCUCCUCCAUGCAUUCAGCGGGCAGCGGCUCCUAUUACCACCAACAAGUGACAUACCAGGACAUCAAGCCGUGCGUUAUGUGAUACAGGGCGGAAAAAACACCUCCCGGGGGCGGCGAGGCCUGACCCGAGCCUCGACCCCCCCCCCCUCGCGGACCCUCGAUGGAAAUAAGGGGGAUCUCUGCGAAAAGACUGUGCCCGGGAGAGAGAUCCCGGCUCCUCGGGAGUGGGUUGGGGGAUAGGGGCUAAACUUGCCCCACAGCUGAGCAUUGGCCGGACCCUUCAAUGCGGGUCCUCAAUCACUGACGGUCUCUGCCUUCUUCUGCUUCUUCGUUUGGGGUUGGGUUGAGAAGAAAGCAAAGAGCCCUCCCCGCGAAAAACCCUGACUGCGAGUUUGCGUUAAGGGAUUCGACAAAAGAGGGUUUGAUGUUUCUUUUUAAAAGAAAAAGGGGAAAAAAUAUAGUUCAAUUACUAAUUCAAUUUUAUCCUUGGCAUUGAGCAGUGCCAUCAGCGCAAUUGGCGGGCGCGGAGCCGGCUCGACCUGGGGUUGGGGGGGCUGUAAACGUUCCCGACCCCAAAACCGGCGCAUCCCGCGGCCCCUCCGCCCUGCACCGCGGGAGGAGCGCCCGGGGCCCCCCAGCUCGAUCCGCUCGGUCCCGCUUCAUUUCGAGCCCAUUCUUCAAAGUAAUGCCCCCAUCUUCCUUUUCUUUACCCAGCAAACACGCAGCGGGCAAAAAUCUCUCAGAGGGAUUAUUUUUCUUAGCUAUUAAUAUUACUUUUUUUGCCUGCAUAAAAACUGCAGGAUCAGACCCUAUGCAGAGAGAAAAAGGCACUUUGAAAAGAGACAGCCAUGCUCAUUCUGUUAUUUAUUCUACAUUAUUUUUGUUGUUGUUGCUAAUAAUCGAGACACGAGUAGUCUCAGUUGAUCAGUAUUAAAUCGGUGAAUCUCUGUUGGCAAUAUUUGCCAUAUAGAUUUUUUUUCUAGUUAACCUUUAUAAAUUUUAAGCUGAUCGUGGUCUCUGUGUAAAGGCAAUUCUCCAUAUGUUUUUAUAGAAAUAUAUAUAUAAUGAAGGAUUAUUCCCCUCCCUUCACCCCCCCCCUCCGUAUUUUGUCUUUUUGCCAUGACUUCAUACAAGUCGGUGAUACCUAUUUUAAUUCUUUCUGCACUGUAUAAAUUUGUAACUUCGUGGGGUUAUUUUUUUUCUCCCUGCCCUUUUCUGUACGUUUUGUCCCUAAAGGAAAAAAAAAAAAAUCGAACCAAAAUAAAACAUGUAUGUUACUUGUA